AUGCGGUUCUGGACUGCUGCAGCAUCAUAUGCACUCUUCGCUUUGGUCCAAGCGCAAGAUGACCCCUUCCCAUUGCCAUUGUGUAACGGCGUCGACAUCACAGAUGCAACGAUAGACUCGUUACAGGCAUGGAUGUCCCAGGGCAAGCUUACGAGCCAAGCACUGGUGAGAUGCUAUCUUGCACGAAUAGAACAAACCAACAGGUACCUUGCUUCCAUCAGUGAAGUGAACCCAGAUGCUCUAGAUAUUGCUGCUGCGAUGGACACGGAAAGAGCAACAACUGGCGCCAGAGGUCCUAUGCACGGCAUCCCGUUUGUGGUCAAGGACAACAUAUACACUGACGACAAGCACAACACUAGUGAAGGCACACUCGUGCUUCUGGGUGGCCGAUAUGCAUCUGAGGCUACGGUUGUGACCAAGAUGCGCGCCGCUGGUGGCGUUCUGCUUGGGCACAGCACCAUGUCUGAGGCAGCUGAUCAUCGUGCAUUGUCUCAAUAUGCCAGUGGAUACUCAAGCAGGACAGGACAGGGUAGGAAUCCAUUCAAUCUUACCCAGUCCACGGCUGGUAGCAGCAGCGGUUCUGUGAUCGCUGUGCGCAGUAACCAGGUCGCCGUAGCACUAGGAACUGAAACUCAUGGAUCUCUUGUGCAUCCAUCGUGUCAGCUAGGCUUGUACACAAUUAAGUCAACUCCAGGACUAAUGUCGCGCCACGGCGUCGUCACUGGCAGUUACUAUCACGACACACCUGGGCCACUGACACGAAGCAUGAAGGAUGUGGCUAUAAUGCUUGACAUCAUGAAAGGUAUUGAUAAAUACGACAACUUGACCUUCGAAGCAACAGGACGUUACCCUGCAGAUGGUUACACUUCUGCAGUGAGCCAGAAAGGCAGCCUCAAGGGCGUGAAGUUAGGGUUACCUUGGAAAGCAUACUGGGCUGCCAAUGGGCACGUGAACUCUCCUGGAAAUAGGGAACAGUUUAACGCCAGAAUUGCCGAGCUAGAAGCAGCAGGCGCUGAGAUAUACAAUAUCACGGAGACCAACCCCUUCGCCCUGGUCACCAACCCGUACGGCACAGGCAUGCCAAACGACACACUACCCGAGCGCAACCAUCUUAUUGCCUUCAGCACUUUGAUGUCAGUCGGUUAUGCCGAAUGGCUCCGCAACUGGACCUUCCCUGGAAGCGACGAACGCUAUGGUAUGAGUACGAUCGAGGAGAUGGCAGCAUGGAACGAUGCAAACAAUGCAACCACAGGAGCGUUAGGCAACGGCACAUGGUGGUGGAACAACGUCACUGGGCAAAGCUUCUACGAUAACGCUGUGGCCACGAACGGCACUCUGGGCCCCAGUUUCUGGGCAGCAUUUGGAUGGGGUAGGUUUACAGCUCGCCAGGCUAUUGACAAUGCACAUUCCUAUGUGCUAGAGAAUGGAACUGUCGUCGAGCUCGAUGGUCUCCUUGUCCCGAAUGGGCGAAAUGGCAACCAAGGAAAUGCCUGUGCAUCUGUGCCCGCGUAUGCAGGCUACCCGAUUGCGCAGGUACCGAUCGGCAUGGAUGGUUAUUCGGUGCCAUUUGGACUUUGUGUCUAUGGCAGACAGUACGGUGAGGCAAAGCUGGUUGAGGUCGCUUCUGCCAUGGAGGAUUUGUUCCAGUGGAACGCGCGACCACUGUGGUAUAACUACGAGACUGCCAAGGGGCCUUGGGAAGCUAUUUGGCCUGGUUAUACCUGCUCUAGGUCGAGUUUGUCACAGUACGGCUGUACGGUAGCUUGA